AUGGGUGGAACACUCGCUCGACAGCGGUCUGUUGCAGUAGGAGGAGGCUCGGAAUGGCACUGGAACAAGGAUGAGAGGGAUGGCUCAGAGGCCAGCGCCGUCUGUCGCCUGUGCUGUCCAGGCCAGCCUGAGCGAGAGCAUGGGUAUUAUCGACGACGAAGCGAAGAGCUUACCCCUCUCCCCCCCCUGGCCUUCGUUCCUCGUAAGUUCCAGUCCAUGUACGAAGGCGGUUGGCUAGCGUCCGAUCAAGUUGUGGGAGCCACUGAGAGCUUGCUUCGCUUUACGAAGCCUCUUUGGGCACCACAUUCCAGGGAUGAUGAAUUCCGCACCGCACUGUCGCCCUCACGUGCCAUGACCCACCCAGCCGAGUAG